UUUUCGUUGCCGUACUGUAACAUAAUUUCUUUUAUUUCAGAAGAAAAGUAGGAAAAUCAUUAGAAAAUGGCACUACCUGGUAUGAGAGGGUAUGGACGGGAUGAUAACUGGGGAGGGGGAAGGAACAGCAGCUAUGGAAGGAACAAGACAUCUAAUGCUGACUACGGGGUUGGUUAUGGUGGUGCGCAAACAGAUGGGUUUAAUCGGACGCGGAAUCAAGAGGCGCUCACCAACAAUACGCAGCCUGGAGACCCAGCUAUAGGUCGGAAAGUGGAUAAUAUGGAUCAACGACUGAAUAAGCAUGAGAGCGGUCAGCGAGCAAUCCUAGAGCAAAUGAUGAAAAUGCAACAGGAUUUUAAGCUUGAGUUAAAGAAAAGUGAACAAGCUGUCAAUGAGGAGAAAAGUCAACGAAUGAGAUUGGAAACGGCCAUUCAAGGUACCGCUGGACGAUUAGCUGAUAUAGAUGACAGGCUGAGAAGAGUAGAAGAUUCUUCAAGAGAAAACAAGAAUGCUCUUUCACAGCUUAUAUCCCAUACACAGAAUAUCGAGAGAGCAGUUAAUCUGUCUCAGCAAGAUAUUUUGACUAAAAAAGAUCAGCAAGCUACAAAAAUAGCGGAACUUGGAUUGAAACUGAAUCAAGUUCAGCAGAACAAAGAGACGUUAGAGAAGACUUGCUACUUGAUUCGAGAUGAGGUUAGAGAACUAGAUGGUAAAGUUGACACUCUUCAGCUAGAAGUUCAGGAUUUUCAAGGGGCAGUUAAACUCCAGGGAGCUAUGAUGGACAAGUUUCAAAGUUCAAGGCUUGGAAAACCUGAAGAUGGAGAGAAGGAAGGGAGAAUGACAGAAACUCAAAGAGCAAUGCUGGAAGCUAAAAUAAUGCAGUGUCAGCAGACAAUCUUGGAUUUAUCUUCUAAACUCAACCAAGAGAAGAGAGAGAGGGAUAUCGACCUAGAUGAGGUGAAUUCCCGUAUUACUGGUCUGGUUUCCGAUUUGUCUGACCGGGAUAGGAAGCGAGAAGCGGAAACACGAGAACAGGAGACCCGGGCUCGGGAACAGGCUGGUCUUGGUAGCGCAGAGAAACAGAAGAUUAUUAUGCAGAUAUCAGCUGUACAAACAGAUCUGAAACGGACUCUAGAUGAGAGAGAUACCAAGCUGAAGGAAAUGACUGUAACGAAGCUUGAUGAGAUGGAUAAUAAAAUGGCUGAGGCUGCAAGGCUGCGAAGUCAAAUGGAGAGGGAUAUGAAGACACAACUUGAAGCAGAAGUAGAAAAACAGAAAAUAGCUUUGGAUAAUAGUAUUGACACAGUCAGGAAACUAAUGGAAACUGAGAAUGCGAGUACUAGAGUUAAAUCUGAAUUACUGGAUGAAAUAGCAGCUCUUGAACAUGAUGGAGAAGCAAGAGAAAAGGUGAUCGAGGCUAAAAUAGAGGAUUUGAGUGACAAACUGAGGUUUGGUAUGGCAACAAUGCAGGCUGCAGUUGGAGAGCGACGAGGCGGUGGGGAGGGGGGAGAAGGAGGAAUCCCUCUAGAGGAGGUUGAACGUCUUCAGGAGGAGGCAAUAGAUGGGGUUAGAGAGAGUGUUGCAAAACAGAUCACCCAACUAGAGGAGCAAAUAAAAGUGAUGAAAACUGAGAUGAGGAAACAAAAUGAAAUGCUAGAGGAUGGUGUGAGAAGACAGGAGGCUGCAGGGGAAGAGGCCAGUAACAUUCUCGGGGAUCAACUUCAUCAGAAAAUGGACAGUGUUGCGUUUACCCAGGAGAGGAUGAGGAGACAGGUGGAAGAUCUCCAGGAGAAGAUUUCUGGAGCACCUAAUGAUAUUGGAGAUAUCAGAGAUCGAAUUGAGGAUAUAGAGAGAGCACUGUCUAAGAAACCAAAUCAUGACGACGAUAACAAUAACAAGACCUCUGCCGAGCUGAUCAAUCUGAGGAAGGAUCUUGAUAAAGUUCUUGGCAGGGAUCAAGCAGGUAGAGAAAUGAUUAAAGACUUGAAUCCCUAA